GCUCAGAACUCUUGUGAUAAAUUCGUCGACCCGCUGCCGGGCCGCGUGGCGCGCACGCACGAGAGAGCGAGAGUCGGAGAGAGGAGGCGGUGGCGGUGGCGGUGGCGGGAUCAUCGACGAUGCAGCACCUGGUGCAGGUGGAGGAGGGGAGGGAGGCGGCGGACGGGGCGCCCUCGGCGGGGCCGACGUACCGAUGCGCCGCGGGGGACAAGGGCGCCGCGCCGGGGCUCGACUGCUGCUGGGACAUAUUCCGUUUGUCCGUCGAGAAGUGCCCCGGCAACAAGAUGCUCGGCCGCCGCGAAAUCGUCGACGGGAAGGUUUGUAGCCGCACGCGAGCCUCUCCAUCUCUCUCACCACCUGGUGCUUGCUUACGGUUCUCUGUGUUUCCUGUUCCUCCCUGGAUUCAUUGGCGUCUCCGUCUCUUGCGUAAGGCUGGCAACUACACGUGGCUGACCUACAAGGAGGUUUACGACACCGUGAUCAAGGUCGGGGCUGCGAUCCGGAGCUGCGGCGUCGGCAAGGGUGGCCGGUGCGGCAUUUAUGGGGCCAACUCGCCUGAGUGGGUUAUCAGUAUGCAGGCCUGCAAUGCCCAUGGCGUCUACUGUGUUCCAUUGUAUGACACGCUUGGUGCCGGGGCAGUAGAAUUUGUAUUGUGCCAUGCAGAGGUACAGAUUGCUUUUGUUGAGGAAAAGAAGAUUGGGGAGAUACUCAAGACAUUUCCCAAUUCAACCAAAUUUUUGAAGACAAUUGUGAGCUUCGGUAAGGUCAAUCCCGAACACAAGGAAAAAGUUGAAGAGAAUGGCUUAUCCAUCUACUCGUGGGAACAGUUUCUGCAACUGGGAGGUGAAGAGAAGUUUGAACUCCCACCAAAGGAAAAGGAUGACAUAUGCACAAUAAUGUAUACUAGUGGCACAACUGGUGAUCCUAAGGGAGUAUUAAUCUCCAACAAGAGCAUCAUUACCAUUGUUUCAGCAGUAGAUGAGUUCCUUAGAAUCUCAGGCGAGGAGCUUCGCGAGGAUGAUGUUUACAUAUCUUACCUUCCGCUUGCUCAUAUCUUUGACCGGGUGAUUGAGGAGGUGUUCAUUCACCAUGGUGCUUCAAUUGGAUUUUGGCGUGGGGAUGUUAAACUCUUGGUUGAAGACAUUGGCGAACUCAAACCAACAGUAUUCUGCGCUGUUCCACGUGUUCUGGACAGGAUUUAUGGAGGAUUGCAAGAUAAAAUCACAACUGGUGGUUUCUUGAAGAAGACCUUGUUCAAUGUUGCUUACAAAUACAAACAAGGUAAUAUGUUGAAAGGAAGCAAGCAUGACGAGGCUGCUGCAGUGUUUGACAAACUGGUCUUCACCAAGGUGAAACGGGGACUAGGUGGCAGGGUUCGGCUGAUUCUAUCGGGUGCUGCUCCCCUGUCUAGACAUGUUGAGGAGUAUCUGCGUGUGGUGACAUGCUCCCAUGUUCUCCAGGGUUAUGGACUCACGGAGACCUGUGCUGGGUCCUUUGUUUCCCUACCGAACAACAUGUCCAUGCUGGGAACCGUCGGCCCUCCGGUCCCGUACGUCGAAGUACGCCUGGAAUCUGUCCCUGAGAUGGGGUAUGACGCGUUGUCCAGCGAGACGCCUCGUGGGGAGAUUUGUAUAAGAGGGGACACCCUGUUCUCAGGGUACUACAAGCGAGAGGACCUAACCAAGGAAGUCAUGGUCGAUGGUUGGUUCCACACAGGAGACAUUGGUGAGUGGCAGCCUGAUGGGAGCAUGAAGAUCAUCGACCGCAAGAAGAAUAUCUUCAAGCUCUCGCAGGGAGAGUAUGUUGCGGUCGAGAAUCUGGAGAACAUCUUUGGCCAGACUCCCGGUGUUGAUUCGGUUUGGGUGUAUGGCAACAGCUUCGAAUCAAGCCUUGUUGCGGUGGUGAACCCCAAUAAGCAGGCUCUGGAGCGAUGGGCAGAGUCGAACGGGGUAACUGGAGAGUUUGCUACGAUUUGUGAAGACCCGAAAGCCAAAGAGUUCAUCUUGGGAGAACUAACCAAGAUGGGUAAAGAAAAGAAGCUCAAAGGCUUCGAGCUCAUCCGGGCCGUUCAUCUGGACCCGGUGCCGUUCGACAUGGAUCGCGACCUCAUUACCCCGACGUACAAGAAGAAGCGGCCGCAGCUGCUGAAAUACUACCAGAGCGUCAUUGAUGGCAUGUAUCAGAGCAUGAAGUAGAAGGCUCUCGUGUCGACUCGUGGCAGCAGGGCACGGGGAAUCGAAUGGACCUCUAGCUAGCGACGUCAGCAAACUUUGAUGUGAAUUUGGCGUACAUUAUGUUACUUGUCAUUGAAAAAGCUAUACAAAUGUUCCGCAAACAAAAAGGAGUUAUACACAUGAUGUUAGCUAAGUUUAUUAUCUUUUUAUCGAUUUUCCUCCUGAAUUUUGGCGUAUACAGUGGAGCUGUUUUGAGA